CAUGAAAUGGAAAUGUUCAAGUAAAGUACAAGUACUUUAAAAUUGUACUUAAGUACAGUCAUGAGUAAAUGUGUUUAAAUUGUAUUUUCUGUAAUUUGAGAUAAAUAACACAGUCUUUCUGCUUUGAGGGGUAGUUUAGUCUGGGCUAAAAAUAAAGUGUGUUGAUGCUUUAAUACACAGAAAGUUGAUGUUGCACUUCAUCUGCUUCAUAGUCUGUUGUUACAGUUAGGUUACUAUGUGUCUGUCUCUCAGGCUCAUGAAUAGCAGCAGGUGAUGAGGGAAGGGGACAGGCCACACCCCACAGGGAGAGCAGACAGGAAAACAAGUGCUGGGCUGCUUCGUUCGCUCCAUCACGCCGAUAACAUAGGCCUACUCACUAAUGAUCUCAACAACGUCCAGCACGGCAGAAAUGGUUACACAAGAUAAAAGCUCAGGGAGACUGGGAUGUUUCGGUUGGCUGUUGGUCCUCGUAUCCCUCCUCUUUAUAGCAGCAACCUUCCCGCUCACAAUAUUUAUGUGUGUUAAGAUAGUGAAGGAGUAUGAGCGAGCUGUCAUUUUUAGACUCGGCCGGAUCACAGACAGAAAACCUAAAGGGCCAGGACUUUUCUUUGUUCUGCCCUGCACUGAUAAUUUUGUUAAAGUCGAUCUGAGAACUGUGUCCUUUGAUAUCCCUCCACAAGAGAUCCUAACCAAAGACUCAGUGACAGUGUCUGUGGAUGGUGUGGUGUACUUCCGCAUACACUGCCCCAUCUCAUCUGUGGCCAAUGUGUCCAACGCACACUUGUCUACACGGCUGCUGGCUCAAACCACCCUGAGGAAUGUACUUGGUACCAAAAACUUGGCAGAACUGCUAUCUGACAGAGAGAGCAUAUCACUCAGUAUGCAGGAAGCUCUGGAUGAAGCCACUGAUCCGUGGGGUAUUAAGGUGGAGCGUGUGGAGAUUAAAGAUGUGAAGUUGCCUCAGCAGCUGCAGAGAGCCAUGGCAGCAGAGGCAGAAGCCAGUCGGGAGGCCAGAGCGAAGAUCAUUUCUGCAGAGGGAGAGAUGAAGGCCUCCAGGGCUCUAAAAGAAGCCUCUCUGGUAAUUGCUGAGUCACCCUCUGCUCUCCAGCUGCGAUACCUGCAGACCCUCAACACCAUCGCAGCAGAGAAGAACUCCACCAUCAUCUUCCCUCUGCCCAUAGAUAUGUUGCAGAAUUAUAUGCAGAGGAAGUGAUGAAUCUCAUAGCAAGCAAUUACUACAAGAGCUAAAUCAGAUUUGCACUGUUAUUAUUGGUAUAAUAUUAUUGUUACUGUUGUAAGCUUCAGUGGUAUCUCUUAGAUACUGUAUGGUCCAAGAGGCCCAGUGUAUUUGCACCUGAACUGCACUACGAUUAUGUAUUUAAAGAUACAUCCACACCAGA